AUGAAUCCUAAACACGUGUAUAAUAUGACCAACAAAAACACAACGUCUGUUACUCCAUACUUGAGAUUUGAACCUGUGGAAUACGAUCCGCAAGUCGAUCCAACCAACAUGGGCCAGUACAAGCCGAAGAUAUACAAGGUGGAACCUGUCUACCAAAAAGUGAAUGUGGACGAAAAGAGAGAGCCGGAUACGUACAAUAAGGAGGAGGAGUUAGCAGACGAGCCUCCUCGGUAUUCCGAACUCUACGACGUCAAGGAUGAUUCUUCCAGAAAACAAGGUGCUCGUAGGUUUAGAAGAGCACUUGCCGGUGUUAUUCUGCUUAUUAUUUCCUGCAUGGUCGCCUAUUCCAUGUUUGGUCCGCUCAGCUGUCCUAUGGCAACAGAGACUGCUGUGAACAAAGGCAACAUCGCCUUGGUUGUCUACGAAAAAGCGCACAUGCCGAGAUGGUUGAGUUAA